GGCAAGUGAUUAGUUCUCUUGUCUUGGGAUUUUCGUUGCUUACGAUGUCUGGACGUGGCAAGCAGGGAGGGAAGGCUCGCGCCAAGGCGAAGUCUCGCUCCUCUCGCGCCGGGCUGCAGUUCCCGGUGGGCCGCGUGCACCGCCUGCUCCGCAAGGGCAACUACGCCGAGCGGGUGGGGGCCGGCGCGCCGGUGUACCUGGCGGCCGUGCUCGAGUACCUGACGGCCGAGAUCCUGGAGCUGGCGGGCAACGCGGCCCGCGACAACAAGAAGACGCGCAUCAUCCCGCGCCACCUGCAGCUGGCCAUCCGCAACGACGAGGAGCUCAACAAGCUGCUGGGACGCGUGACCAUCGCGCAGGGCGGCGUCCUGCCCAACAUCCAGGCCGUGCUGCUGCCCAAGAAGACUGAGAGCCACCACAAGGCCAAGGGCAAGUGAUCUGGCAGUCCUCUGAGUUUCCGGAAGCGCUUUCAUACCCAAAGGCUCUUUUCAGAGCCCCCCACCACUUCAAAGGAAGAGCUAAUACCACUCUUUAGGUUAAGGCGGGGAAGUCGAUAAAGGUAAGUUGAUUUUAGCCCAAGCCAGGAUAGUGCGGUUCCUCGGCUUUUGAAAAAAAGUGUCCAGGUGUUAAAAUCGCCCGGUCCUUCUAGGUAACGGCAAGCCGAGUGUCCGACAACUGCUUGUACUUCCUGACUUCACGAAUCUAGGCACCUCGGAUAGUAAUGCCUAACUUAAAACUCGGCUAACGGCGCAGCUCCGCAUGAUUUCUUAAGCUGUCUUGCAAAGUUGCUCGGAUGUCCUUGAAGGUAAACUUAACCGAGUAACACGCUAACUCCCUGGCCAGUCUCGUAGGUGCCUCGUCUUGGGCUGCGAGCAACCCGUCUUCACUAAUCUAUAAAGGAGUUAGCCUCUGCUCCUGUAAGUUUUCAAAGUAUUAUCUGAAACUUCAAGUAUGGGAAAGGGUCUCUGAAAAGUGGCUUUCCCCGAACAGGAUAGUUCACAAUACUGACUGAAUCCACAUUCGAAUUGAGGCUUCUCCUGUUUACAAGUCAAUUGGCUUUGGCACCAGUUUCUAAGUCCUGGUUCUCGGUCUUGUCAUCCAUAAACUGGUGGAAAAUUUGGUGUUUUCAUUAGACCUUUCUGCCAAUCAACGCAUUUAGAGCCCCUAACCUAGAGCAGUGCUGGACUUUCAACCAACUGCAAUAACACUUUAUUUCAAGAGGCUCAAAUGCCUAGAUUCCUAAGGCAGCCUGAAAAAAAGGUAGAAUCGGGCCACAGGCCUCUCCAAAGCAGUUGCUACUAAGGAUCUAGUCAUUUAGCUGCUCCCAACACCAAAAGCUGCAAUCUGGGACCGUGCAAAACUUCCUGCAAUCUUAUUUUCCAGGAUUGAGUCUCCAAGUGAUUCUUUGGGGUGACUGGGUUAAUGCUCUGGAAAGUUCUUAGGCAGGAAGGGUGAGUGGGCCACGGGUUGCCCACGCCCCUGCACUCGGAGACUGGCGGCCCAAGGAGAAACAGCCUCUUGCACACGCUCUGGGAGCUCCCACUGAAGCAUUUCAGGUGGCAGUGUUGGGAGCAUUCAUAUCGGAAUAUGCACGGGGAGGAGAGGGGAGAUCGUCUAAACAGAAGCUGGUUCCCCGUGGACAUGCCUCCUACUUUCUAAAUGGUGACGCUUCUGGAAUGGUCUGGAAGCAGCCUCCACCCUCCCAGCCUUCCUCCUCCUCCACUCCCACCCACCUCCCUCCUUCCCCGAGUCCCGCCUCCCACUCCCCCAGCCUGAUAGUCACCCUGGAAAAAAGGGGCUAGGGUGUCUGGGAGUUUGGUGAAGACAAAGGGGCAGAACAAGUGAGCGCCUUGAUUCUAACACGUUAGAGUUUUCUGAGUUUUAAGGAUUCUAAGGGGUAGGCGGGCUGAGACUGCACACGGGGAGGUUCCAGCCUGGCAGCGGUCCAGACUGGGGUCCGCCCAGAGGACCAGGUUCUUUGCACCCAGAAUUUCUUGUAUGCUGGAGAACUUGGAUCCUUAGGUCCGAAUUGCUUUAUAUGAGCCUAGCAAUGCUCUUCAUGAACUUUCCAGGUUGGUUUUGAGCCCAGCUCCAGCACUGACCAGGUGGGUGACCUUGGGCUUCGUGGUCAAUUCCCCCCUGCCUCCAUUUCUUCCUGUUCACCUUCGCUCACCUAGUGGUAAAACAAGUAGGCUCAGCAGUGUGGGUUCUGAAACUAGAACACAGGCACUCAAGGGCAACAGCUGACACUAAGCACUUUACCGUGUCAGGCGUAGUCCUACCUGCUUCCAGAAAAUUCAUUUAAGCCAACAAUCUACAGGUAAGUGCUAUCACUCUCCAGACUUGAAAGCCUAGGUAACAGGAACAGAACAUAGACUUAGACCUUGUCUAAGUCCCAAGGUCAGGAAGCCAAUACUUUAACUGCUGGCUGUUCUGCUGUAAGCACAGCUCCCUUAAUAGGUGAUUGUCGGAAUAAUGAAACCGGUAAAAACUCAAUACAUAAUGGCUUAACUUUGUCCAUGUACCCGACUGUCACCAGUUGUAUCCUCAGCUGUGAAGAAUUCAAGGGAAAGAGGAGAGGUGUUCUCCCUGGAAUCUACACAAACGGAGGAAGGUCACCCAUGGUAUUAGCACUGCAAACCCAGAGGAAAAGCCCCUAGACUUGAAACAAGGGGAAAAAUCAGGAGGUGGUUCGGUAAAGAGUUACAGGACUUGAUACACUAAUUUCUUGUGAAUGAAGAAGGAGUUAGUAAAGAUAUGAUUUUGAAUUCUCCCCUCUGGGCUUCAGUAACAAAACUCUGUAUUGUUUGGUUAACGAUACAUUGUGUUAAUUUUAUUUGUUUCCUCUUCAGCAAGACCUCCUUAAAGUCAAAGACCCCAUCUUGUUAAAUUAGCAGUCAGCAUAGACCCUUGCAUAAGAUAAACACUUGAAAAUUGGGCAGUGUGUAAAUGUUGAGCAGAGUCAGUGGCUGGGCCAUCAGGAAGCACUUUGUUCUAGAGGGUCUGCUUAUCUCCAGAGGAGAGGAGACUAACAGGUUGCUAAUAACAUCUCUUUGCAGUAGAAAAUCCCUUCUGAAAAACUAGUUUGCAUUGGCAUCUUAUUUGGGGAGCUUCAGAGAAGCACAGAAGGUGCCAAGUGACCAGCUCUUACCUAAGAGGACAGCCAAGAGGCCGUUCCCCAAGCAGCGGACACUGCUUAGAGAUGUGUCCUAGCUCCCCCUCUCCAGCAUACUUUUCCUUCCUCUUUAAAACGUCACUGUUUAUGGGGUGCCUGGGUGGCGCAGUCGGUUAAGCGUCCGACUUCAG